AACUUUGACAGAAGCUGCCAGGACCUUUUUGCUGUGUUGAAAACACAAAAAAAACUCUUUGGAAAAGUUUGUUGCGAUGCUCAGUGCGCUAUUAAAGUAGGAUUUUUUAGUGUGAUAAUCUGCGAGUGGAAUUGUAAAACGUUGUUUGUAAUGUAGUAACCAUGAUCUCGAACGCUUUGUGCGAUCUGGAGAAAUGUGUGUACACGGCCGGAGUCCAGCUCGAUUCACUGGCCGUGAAACUGACGGAUGUGGAGCGCAAUCUGGACGAAAACGAGCUAGAAUCGAUCGAAAAUGAGUCAGUGAUGGAGUUGCUGGAGUCCGUGACGGAGGUCAAGAACGAGUACCAGAACCUGCGCAAAGAUUUGCAGGAGGUGCAGCAGCUGCAGAAGGAAAUGACCAACUCGCUGCGCUACCAGUUGCGAAACAUGACGCAAACGUUCCGGGGGCUGAAGAAGAAAAUUGAAUCCAACUCCAUACCGGUGCACCUUGUGCCGCCACCGGCCGGCUCGUCUUCCCGCAAUGCAGGGCACGAAGCGCGUGACUCCCAACAUCACCCGCACCCGCCGCAUCUGCUGCCCCAACCAGACCUUACCGUGCACGAUCACGGACCGAGGCGUGCCGCGGGCAUGCUGAAGAGUGGCAAACGCACGCUCGUGCGGACCUUGCGUGCACUCUAUGGACAAUUUGUACCUGACUUGGUUUGGACCGUAUUUUACCUAACACAUUGGAGAACGUUGCACGUUAACUACUGCAAACUGUAGCAGGAAUCGGAGGGGGAGGGGGGACAUCCUUGAAUAUUACCCAACGGGGAAGGAAUUGAUCAGAGGAAGCAAAAUUCAUACUCAAGCAUGCACAGCACGAAGAUACGCUGCAUCCUACAUCUUAGCAUCGGUACUCGGUUCGUAU